CGUGUUUAAGUGUUACGUUUAUCAACAUGGCCGAUAAUGAAUGUGAACGUGUUAUCUGCGUCAAAAACGAAGUAUUUGUGUUUAAAAUACCACCAAGACCAUCAAACAGGGGUUACAGAGCUGCUGAUUGGAAACUGGACAACCCGGACUGGACGGGGCGAAUGCGAAUUGUUUCUAAAGGAAAGGAUUUGAUGAUCAAGUUGGAAGACAAAACUUCAGGUGAACUGUUUGCCAACUGUCCCGUGGAAUCGUACCCCUGCGCCGCUGUUGAGCCCGUCUUGGAUUCCAGUCGGUAUUUCGUCCUCAGAAUAAAAGAUGAAAAUGGUCGCAGUGCAUUUAUUGGCAUAGGAUUCGUAGACCGUGCAGAUUCAUUUGAUCUGAAUGUUUCCAUACAAGACCAUUUCAAGUGGUUGAAGCAAGAAGCGGAUGAAGCCAACAGUGUUAAGGAAUUACAGAAUGCUCCGAAACUCGACCUGGGCUUCAAAGAAGGUCAAACGAUAAAGCUGAACAUUGGUAAUUUAAAAUGUAAAGAAGGCUCCAGUUCAAGACCUCGAGCUAAAGCUUCAGCUGGUGGAAUGAUUGGUCUAAUUCCUCCACCCCCUGGGGGAGUGAAAAUCCCCCCACCCUCACCUGCAAAGCAACCUAUCGCAGUUCCAACCAACACUACGCCAGAGAGGAAACCUGUUGUGGCAGAGAAGAAAUCCGAAACGGUGGAGGACAAAUCUGGAUUAGACGAUUUCGACAUAUUUAACGUACAGUGUAACAUUUCAAAACCAGCCAACCAGAGCACGGGGAACAGUGUAGAUCUCCUGUCGUCAGUGUUGGUGCCUGGUGUCCCAGCCAGUCAGAAUUCAGGGAACCAUAUAGAUCUGUUGUGUGGAACGGACAUUCCAAUUUCACCCAGUGUUCCAGUACAGCCGAUAAAACCAGUGCAACCUGUCACAGCGUCGGAUCCAUGGGGUGACUUCACGAGUGCAAGUUCUACAAGUGAAGGCGAUAAGAGUGAUCCGUGGGUGCAGUUUUAAGAAAGAUAUUCCUAGUGUAAAUAUUUAUAGCUGAAAGUUUUGUUAAAUCGUUGUAGUUUUUAAUUACUCUUCAAAAAUCUGAAGAGGAUUGUUAGACAUUUGUCUUCAGGACGUCUGCGUUGGCAGUUUGUGGCAAUCCUCGUUUGAUAGUUUGAUACAAAUAAUUAUUUCUUUUGUAAUACUGUUUGUAGCCCCAGACAUGGAGCGAUUGCCCCUUCAUAUAAUGGGAUUGUCCAAAUGUCCCAAUCACAGAACCUGAUACAUCCUCUGGGUGAUGUGUCCUUAGUUUUGAUUGGCUGUUGGAUGAUCUCAUAAUAAUUAUGAAGGUUUUUUCUUUUUUUUAACAUUAUUGGUCAGGUUAAAUAUUCCUACUUAAACCUGUAAGAAAAAAAACCUUCUCAAGUUUGCUUUAUCUUCUCUCACCCCUUGUCAUUGCCCAUUUGUUCUUUUUCUGUUUUUACAAUCCACCUCUUUUUUUCUGUUUUUACAUAGCCUCCAAACUUUAAACUUGUUUUGCUGACCACCUCCACGUUACAGGCCUUGUCUCACCAUUCAUGACAGGUGUUUGUGGUAGAGUGCUUGGCUGAAACUGCUGGUUGAUCGCCAUCUGUGGACUUUGUUUCCUCCCCCCCCCCCAUUCCCCCUCCCAUUCCAUCCAGUGCCCCAUGAUUGGUACAUCAAAGGCUGUGACGUGUUAGGGGUUAGGGGUAUGAGGAGGUUCUAAAUAUCUUCAAGUAGCGUUUCGGGUUUCUCUCCCCGUCAAACCACCCAACAGCACAGUUUACCAAUAAUUCUGAGUGAAUAGAAUAACACACUCGCUGUUUAAUAAUGAAAUUACAUUUAUUGCUUAUCAUGAUUAAUAUAUUUCUACAGUAGAAUUAUAAAGUAACUCGUAGACUAGUAUAAAAAUGUAGUCUACCGAAAAAUAAAAAUAAACCACUGUAGGCCUAAAUUGUAAAUACUAAUAAUUGAUUUCCCCAGGUCUCACCUGGAUACGGUAUAGUUUUCUUAAUAAAACCAAUGCUUACAUUUCAAUAAAGUGAUUCACGGCCCUGCCGGUAAGAACAGCUGUUUUCUAUUUACUUUCCAAACCGUCAACACUCUCAAGUUAGUGACGCCAUUCCCGGUUGACAUCAUAUGUCUUUCUGAAGCUGAUGUCAUAAUAUUCCACGCAGUAAAUAACAUAUUUUCCACGUACAUUACAAAGGCCAUGAUAUGUACUGUCCAUGGUAAAAAAAAACCCCAAGUAAAUUACUGCAUAAACUUUUAAGUGGUAUGUAUAGUUAUUCACAGUGCGUCGAAAAUGUUUAUGGCAGGUGAGACAUUCAAUUCCGCAGAGUUCUUGGAGAUCUUUUUCCUUUCUUUUUAAAUUAACACAAGUGUUGUAUUCUGUAUAGUAUGUGUUGUGUCGAUGUGCGAACUAAUGAAUUAUGAAGCUCACCUAAUAAACAAAUCCUAAUCCGUUGAUUCGGAUGUCAUUGUUAAACUAUAGUCUAGAUUUCAACUCUUUUAGUCUGUGUUACAGGAGUUUAAAUCUAUUACAACUCAUUAGAUUAAACCUGGAGUCUGCAGAGUUUGUUGUUAUCCUUGCUUUUUUACCCCCACUCCACCCUCUAUCUACACACACACACCUUCCAACAUCCAUCAUAAACUAAUUUUUAUGACAACCUUCCAACUGAAUUAUCUGGCCAUUGUGUAUUAUCCAUAUAGACAUGAAGCACAUUAUAAAAUUAAACUUGGAUGACAUCCCACAGUGUUCUGUGUUAGUAUUAUCUUCUCAUGACCAAUGUGAUAACGUUGUUAUAUAGCAAUGUAUUAUACAUGUACGUAUAUCCCGUAUAAAAUCAAGUAUACACAUGUUAGUUUGUAAUAAACUCCAGGGCCCAAUUUCACUAAACAUCGUAAGCCUAGUUUUGCAUGUAAACGUAAAUCUACGACUAAACCACAAUUCUUAUUACUAUUAUAGUACAACAAAUAUAGUUAGAAGUACACAUAUU